GUGCAAGGUUUCAAGCAUUAUGUUGAUCAGUAUGCGAAGCACAAUGUUGAUAGUCAGGGAGAACCGCACAAAGUUGUCUAUGAAUCUGUGAACAAUCGCUGGGAAGUAGCGCUUACCAUAUCGGACAAAGGUUUCCAACAAGUUUCCUUUGCAAAUAGUAUCGCUACCACAAAGGGAGGCAGGCAUGUUGAUUACGUAGUGGACCAGAUAACAAGCAAAUUAAUCGAUGUUAUCAAGAAGAAAAUUGGCAAAACUGGUGGAAUUAACGUGAAACCGUUCCAGAUCAAAAAUCACAUGUGGGUAUUUGUGAAUGCGUUAAUUGAAAAUCCAACGUUUGAUUCGCAAACCAAGGAAACGAUGACUUUGCAAUCAAAGAGUUUCGGCUCGAAAUGUGAAUUAUCUGAUAAAUUCGUACAAGCAGCUCUGAAAUGCGGUAUCGUUGAAGCAAUUAUGGCAUGGGUACGAUUCAAGCAGCAAGAAACACUGGACAAGAAAUGCUCAUCGAAAAAAACCAGUAAACUGAAGGGUGAUUCGGCCAAAUCUCUAGCUGUUUCUGGGCUUGGAGUUGUUGGACGCGACAAGUAUGGCGUGUUCCCACUGCGCGGUAAAAUGCUUAACGUUCGAGAAGGGAAUCAUAAACAGUAUGAAAAAGAUGAGGAAAUGAAGACACUACGCUAUGGCAAAGUAAUGGUGAUGGCUGAUCAGGUUAGCUUUUUUUCCAAAUGA